GUGACAUUACAUAAGCCAUAGCCGGCACUCAUUUGAGUGUAUGUCUAGAGUCUAGACUUUAACGCUAUUCUAGAGUUUACUAUUGGAUCACACAUUCAGUUCUCUAUUAGAGUUUGUAUUCAACGCUUGUUUUCAUUUAAUUGUUAUUUCAAAGCAAUUGAAUCUACAUUUGAAUCAAUUAAUUGAUUCAUUGAUUGUCUUUAAAUUGAUUGUUAAGUGACAGCAAACACAAACAACAAGACAUGUAUAGAGUGCCAUCACUCCUGAGGACAACUCUUUGUCGGCGAUUGCCAUCCAAUGUCUAUACACAAAGGCAUUACGCAAAAGACAUAAAAUUUGGAGCCGAAGUGAGGGCACAAAUGUUGGCCGGAGUCGAUAUAUUGGCCGAUGCCGUGGCUGUGACUAUGGGACCAAAAGGUCGUAAUGUCAUUCUUGAGCAGUCAUGGGGUUCACCAAAGAUCACUAAAGACGGUGUAACUGUUGCCAAGGCUAUAGAAUUGAAGGACAAAUUUCAAAAUAUCGGCGCAAAACUAGUUCAAGAUGUGGCCAACAAUACAAAUGAAGAGGCAGGUGAUGGUACCACCACUGCCACAGUUCUUGCCCGAGCUAUUGCUAAGGAAGGAUUUGAACGCAUCUCAAAGGGAGCCAAUCCUAUUGAGAUUAGAAGAGGUGUUAUGUUAGCAGUUGAUAAAGUUGUUGACAAACUUAAAGCAUUAUCAAAACCCGUCACUACUCCUGAAGAGAUUGCACAGGUGGCCACCAUAUCUGCUAAUGGAGACAAAGCUAUAGGCGAACUAAUUUCAUCAGCAAUGAAAAGAGUUGGCAGAGAGGGUGUUAUCACUGUUAAAGAUGGCAAAACUCUUAACGACGAAUUGGAAGUGAUUGAGGGCAUGAAGUUUGACAGGGGAUACAUAUCACCAUAUUUUAUAAAUACACCCAAAGGUGCAAAAGUUGAGUUUCAGGACGCAUUGCUUCUCAUCACUGAGAAAAAAAUAUCAACGGCUCAGUCUAUAAUACCAGCUCUAGAAUUAGCAAAUCAACAGAGAAGACCACUAAUUAUUAUUGCUGAAGAUGUUGAUGGAGAAGCAUUAACUACUUUGGUUCUCAACAGACUUAAGAUUGGUCUUCAAGUAGCGGCAGUCAAAGCACCGGGUUUUGGUGAUAACAGAAAAGCCACACUUCAUGAUUUGGCCAUUUCUACCGGAGGUAUUGUGUUUGGAGAUGACGCCAACUUAGUUAAACUUGAGGACAUCCAACCAUCAGAUUUUGGACAAAUCGGAGAAAUAUCUAUUACUAAAGACGACACACUUUUAUUAAAAGGAAAGGGAACGAAGGAAAACAUUGACAAAAGAGUUAAUCAAAUUAAAGAUGAAAUUGAAUUAUCAAAUUCUGAGUACGAAAAGGAAAAAUUAGCUGAAAGAAUGGCACGACUUUCUAAUGGUGUGGCUGUACUCAAAGUUGGCGGUUCCAGUGAAGUGGAAGUCAACGAAAAGAAAGAUAGAGUUACUGAUGCAUUGAAUGCCACCCGCGCUGCUGUUGAGGAAGGAAUUGUUCCCGGAGGAGGUACUGCUCUCUUGAGAUGCAUUCCAUCACUUGACGAAAUUAAACCUGAAAAUGAAGACCAGAAAAUUGGCAUUGAAUUGAUUCGUAAAGCCCUAAGAAUGCCGUGCACUCAAAUAGUACUGAACGCUGGUUUAGACGCAUCGGUUAUCGUUCAAAAAAUUUUGGAUUCAACUGAUGUUAACUUCGGUUACGACGCUUUAGUCAACAAGUAUUGCAAUCUAAUUGAAGUCGGAAUCAUUGACCCGACAAAAGUGGUCAGAACUGCUCUGAUGGACGCCUCCGGUGUUGCCUCUCUAUUGACUACAGCUGAGAGUGUUGUGGUUGAAAUGCCUAAAGAAGAAAAAGAAAUGGGUGCUGGAGCUGGUGGUAUGGGAGGUAUGGGUGGAAUGGGAGGAAUGGGUGGAUACGGAAUGUAGUCAUAGUUUACUUAUAGUUAGUGAUUUUAGGUAUAAAAUAAAACAUUAAAAUUGAUGUACUUUUUUAUUCAAUUAUUAUCUCAUAAUAUCAUACAAUUCAUGUAUCAAAUCAUGUUCAAUAUGUUUUGAAUUACUUAUACA